UGCUUGCCAGCUAUGGUGCCACUUACUCCUGUUGUUGUCUAAGACAAGUAAAAAUAAAAGCCGCUGUGAUUUAAUGCAACAGCCUUUGAUUCAAGCUUCUCAUUGUUCUUUCUCCCUCUUGCUUGUUGAGAAACACUCGUCUUCUUCUCUAGUUAUUAAAUUUUUCCUUGGAAUUAUAAUCUAGUGCAAAACUAUGGGGAACGUUUUCUCGAUUUCAUUGUCGUGUGAUACCACAAUUUCCCGCUGCUGGGAUUGUGUUGCUGGACAAGUAAUCUACGCGUGUCGUCUUCAAGAAAACCUUGCUGACUUAAACACAGCUCUGGACGAAUUAAAGGAGCGAAGGAAUGAUGUGGUUUGGAAAGUCAACAUCGCUGUACAACAAAAUUUGCGAUCGCUGAAUGAAGUUCGAGGAUGGCUUUCAAGGGCAGAAACUAUGAUUAAUGAAGUUGAUGCACUGCUUAUUGAUGGUUCUGAAGAAAUCAAGAAUUUAUGCUUGGGAGGCUCUUGUUCCAAGAAUUGCAAGUCUACCCUCAAUUUCAGCAAAAUAGUGACCAAAAGACUACGUGAUGUUAAGGAUCUAAAAGAAAACGGAGCUUUUGAAGUGGUAGCUAUGGAGGCACCUGCAGCUCCGGUGGUUGAAAGACCGAGCGACUCUGCUGUAGGCUUGGAAUCCAUGUUCAAUAAGGUCUGGAGUGCCUUUGAACAAAAGCAUGUGGGAAUUAUUGGCUUAUAUGGCGUUGGGGGAGUUGGCAAGACUAGGCUCUUGACUGAAAUCAAUAACAAGAUUGGUGAUUCAUCCGGUGGAUUUGAUAUGGUUAUUUGGGUUGUGGUGUCUAAAGGAUUUUAUAUUGGAAAGGUCCAAGAUGAUAUCGCAAAGGGGAUUGGCCUUUUUAGUGGAAUUUGGGGUGCUAAAGCUCCUGAAGAGAAAGCUAUAGACAUCUUCAGGAUUAUUAGAGAAAAGAAAUUUGUAUUGUUGUUAGAUGAUAUAUGGGAAAGAGUUGAUCUAUCCAAGGUAGGGAUACCUGUCCCGACUCAAGAAAAUGGUUCCAAACUAAUUUUUACAACUCGUUCUACUGAGGUGUGUGGCCAAAUGAGAGCUCAUAUGAAGAUUCAGGUGCAAUGUUUGCCCGAAGAAGAGGCCUGGAAAUUGUUUGAGGAACAUGUUGGUAAAGAUGUGUUUGAUAGUCAUCCAAAUAUUCGUGGGCUAGCUCAAGAAGUGGCCAACGAAUGUGGAGGACUACCUCUUGCACUCAUCACCAUCGGUCGUGCCAUGGCUUGCAAGAACACACCCGAAGAAUGGAAAUACACGAUUGAAGUCUUGAAGAAAUCAGCCAAUUUCGUUUUUCCAAACAUGGGUGAUGAGGUAUAUCCUCUUCUAAAAUUCAGUUAUGAUAGUUUGCCAAAUGACAUGGUUCGAUCUUGCCUCCUAUAUUGUAGCUUGUUCCCAGAAGAUUAUGAAAUUGAUAAAGAAUGGCUGAUAGAUUUCUGGAUAGGAGAAGGAUUUUUGGAUGAACAUGACACCAUAAGUGAGGCUCGAAACCAAGGUCACCACAUCAUUGGUUCUCUCAUUCAUGCAUGUUUACUGGAAGAAGGAGUAGGUGAUUUGUAUAUAAAAAUGCAUGAUGUGAUUCGUGACAUGAGUUUGUGGAUAGCAUGUACGUGUGAAGCAGAGAAAUGGAAGUUUUUGGUGCAAGCAGGUUAUCAUUUGACUCGAAUGCCAGAGGGGGGAAGAUGGAAAGAUAUACGAAGAAUGUCAUUGAUGAAAAACGAGAUUGAAAAUCUAAUAGAAGCACCUAACUGUCCCAAUCUUCAAACUUUGUUUCUCAACGAUAAUCAACAGUUGAAGGUGAUUCACAAUGAUUUCUUCCAAUUUAUGCGUGGCCUAAAAGUUCUAAGCUUUAGUGGAAGUAAUCGUAUAAAAGCAUUGCCGGUGGGGAUUGCAAAAUUGGUAUCUCUAGAAUUUCUCGACCUAUCAUAUACAAACAUAAGAAAGCUACCAAUUCAAUUGAAGGCUUUACGAAAGCUGAAGUGUUUGAACUUGAGUUACAUUUACUGUCACAUCACAAUCCCAAGAGGGUUGAUGUCUGGUUUCUCAAAGCUGCGAAUAUUGAGAACGCGUGACUCUUAUCUUUUCGAUGAGGCAGUAAAAACAAAUAAUGAACACUUGUUAGAAGAACUGCAGUGCUUGAAUCACUUGAAUGCAUUGUCCUUGUCUGUAAGAAGUGCUUUUGCUCUUGAUAGAUAUUUGAAUGCAGAAAGAUUACACAACUACACUGAAGAAAUUGGGCUUGAGAUUUUGAAGGACUCAAACCAAUUGAAUAUUUUAUCUUUAGCGAAUAUCAAGUCUCUACAUACUCUAGCAGUUACGGAGUGUGAAAGUUUGGUAGAAGUGAAGAUGGAGUGGGCAGGGGAAGGCAGAAUGAUAAAAGCACAGAGCCACAUUCAAACCUCUCUAAUUGCAACCCCACAUUGCUUCCAAAGCCUCCACAAGGUAUUCAUAUCCCAAUGCUCAAAAUUGAGGGACCUAACAUGGCUUAUUCUCGCUCCAAAUCUGAGGGAUGUUCUUGUAAGCGAAUGUGAUAAAAUGGAAGAAAUAAUCAAUAAGAUAACACUGAGACAGGUGGCAGAGCUCGUAGGAACUUUAACCCCAUUUGUAACACUCAAAUCUCUUACUUUACGGUAUCUCCCAGAACUGCAGAGAAUUUACAGGAAUGCACUACCCUUCUCAUGUAUCAAGGAAAUUCGUGUUCUAAAUUGCCCAAAGCUGAGGAGACUUCCACUCAACUCUAACAGUGCAAAUGGAAACAAAAUCAGCAUUUAUGGAGAGAAAAGGUGGUGGGAAAAGCUGGAAUGGGAGGAUGAAUCUACUAGAAAUGCUUUUCUUCCUUGUUUCAUUGCAAUUUAAAGAAGCGCAUGAAAUUGCAAAUGUGCAGCAAGAUAGUUUUGGGUGCUGCUAUACUUAGGCAGACUUAAUCUGGCUACUUGUGUGUACCCUGUCUGAAGAGAAGAGAACUUCAGAAAGCAAAAUCACCUGCUGCUCCUUUUCAGCAGAUUGAGAAAGACUUUAAAGCUCAUCUGUGUGCCCCAUCAAAUGUAGCAGCUGUACCAGAAAAUAAGGUCAUUGGUGAUCAUUGUGGUAUAGAUUAUAAUUACUCGUUCCUUAAUGGGAUUGCUUGUUACAGUGUUGCUUGUCUGUUAUAGACCUUGGGGUUAUUUGUCUUUUAAAACAUAUUCACUUUUGUUUUCCUGUUUCUUCUUGGAUGAAUGUAAUUUCAAUUGUCCUAAAAAAAAAGGUUACUUACACACCCCCUCUCCCCUCAACCCACCCACACACAUUGUUUAAGUAUUCAUCUUAAAUAAACUUUAGUUGUGUUAUUGCGUGUAUCAUGCUUCAAUCAGCAGCUGAUCCUUUAACAAAGUUUGACCGUCACUUCUCUAUAAAUUUUCUCCUUUGGGUGGGAGUAUGUAAGAAUGGAAGGGUGAAAGAAGUGCAGAAUAUUGAGCAAGAAGCUAUAUACACAUACAGUAUCUUGAGUACUAUGAAAAUUUGUUUUGCCAUUGGAUGAUUUAUGGGACCGAGUUGAUCUAACAAAAAUUAGAGUUCUUAUACCAGACCAACAGCAUAACUCAAGUCUCACUACACGUUCCAAACAGGUUAAUGGUUUAAUAAUGGAAGCCCAUAAAAAGUUCAAAAUAGAUUGCUUGCCACAACCUUUUGCUUGGCAUUUGUUUCAGAAGAAGGUUGGAAAUGAUACUCUCAACCUGCAUCCAGAUGUUCCUAAGCUCGCAAAAAUUGUGGCCAAAGAGCGUGCCGGUUUGCCACUAGCCCUUAUCACCAUUGGUCGGGCCAUCGCCUGCAAGAAGACAUCAAACGAAUGGAUUCAUGCAAUUGAGGUUUUAAAGAAAUGUGUCUCAGAAUUUUCAGGUCUGGGUUUGAUAGAGCAUGCUAUACAUCCUGAGUGAUUGGUAGAAGACACAAGCAUUUCCUAUAGGCAGUUAUUCACUCCAAACUCCUGUCUGUGAUUAGUGCUAGCUCAGAACUUGCUGUCAUUAAAAAGAUGUUAGAUAAAUGAAAGUUGAACUCACAAGGUGCUUCAAAGACAAAUUUUGGGUGAC